GGCUUGGCUGCUCAACGCCCCCUGAUCGGUAAAUACUGCCGAGUGGCGUGAGCCUCAAGGCUAAGCCCACCCGGCAUCACUGUUGUGCCUUUUCUAAGAGCUCCAGCCGCUUGUUCUGCCUCCCACCAAGCACAGCAUUGCGAGCAGCACCGGUGGCAAUGGCGCACAUAUUCGAUUUGGCUCCCGAGGUGUCCAACUACGCGGGCGGGCAGCUGGCCGAGCCCGGCCGGGUGCGGUUCCCCAAGACAGAUGCGUUCCGGGGCAUGAACAAACCGUCGCGGUUCGAGGGGGACGUGUUCGACCUCGAGUUCACGGGCGAGAUCCCAAAGGACAUUGACGGGACCUUCUACCGGAUCCAGCCCGACCACCGCUUCCCGCCGCUGUUCGAGGACGACAUCCACUUCAACGGCGACGGCGCCGUGACGGCGAUCCGCAUCGCCGGCGGGCACGCAGACCUCAAGCAGCGCUACGUGCAGACGGAGCGGUACAAGACCGAGACGGCAGCGCGGCGCAGCCUGUUCGGGCGGUACCGCAACCCGUGGACCGACAACGAGAGCGUGCGCGGCGUCAUCCGCACCGCGAGCAAUACCAACAUCACCUUUUGGCGCGGCAUGCUACUCGCGAGCAAGGAGGACGGCCCGCCGUUCGCCAUGGACCCCGUCACGCUUGAGACCAUCGGGCGGUACGACUUCGAGGGCCAGAUCCUCAGCCCGACGUUCACGGCGCACCCAAAGUUCGACCCCGACACGGGCGAGAUGGUGUGCUUCGCGUACGAGGCGGGCGGCGACGGCGCCGACUGCUCCCUAGACGUAGCCGUGUGGACCGUCGACGGCGCCACGGGCCGCAAGACGGAAGAGUGCUGGUACAAGGCGCCCUUUCCCGGCAUGAUCCACGACUGCGGCCUCAGCAAGAACUACGUUGUGCUCGCCCUCACUCCUAUCAAGAUGGACCUCGCCCGCAUGCGCCGCGGCGGCAACAAGUUCGCCUGGGACCCCACCGAGGACCAGUGGUACGGCGUCGUACCGCGCCGCGGCGCCAAGAGCGACGACAUUAUCUGGUUCCGCGCAGACAACGCCUUCCACGGCCAUGUCGCAGGCUGCUACGAGCUCGCGACAGGCGAGAUCGCGUUCGAUCUAACCGUGGCCGACGGGAACGUGUUCUUCUUCUUCCCGCCGGACAGCACCAAGACACCAGGUGCACAGGACAGCGGGCCGCCAGGGAAGCGCAACAAGCUGUCGUCGCCGACGAUGCGGUGGAUCUUCGACCCGCGGGCUCCCAAGACGGCGACUCCCAUCACCAACCGCGACGGCGCGGGCGAGGCGGCCGUGGUGCAGAUCGCGGACCAACGCGCGGCGCCGGCGCUUGUGUGGCCGACCAACGGCGAGUUCUCGCGCAUCGACGACCGCCGCGUCACUAAGCCGUACCGCCACUUCUGGCAGGCCGUCGUCGACCCGGCGCGGCCCUACGACUUUGUCCGGUGCGGUCCGCCUGCGGGAGGCCUGUUCAACUGCCUCGGCCACUACACGUGGUCGGACGAGCACGUGCACGACGGCACUCGCGAUGAGGGCGAUGCUGUAGGUGCCAAUGGGGAUCCUGCUGCGGCGGCAGGGACGCAGCGCGGCUUGUUCGGGCUCGAGGACGUGUUCUACGCGGGGCCGACCAUGACGUUCCAGGAGCCGGCGUUCAUUCCGCGGGCGGGCAGCGAGGGCGAGGGCGAGGGGUAUCUGAUCGCGCUGCUGAACCACCUCGACGAGCUGCGCAACGAUGUGGCCAUCUUCGACGCGCAGCGGCUGGCGGCGGGCCCGCUCGCCGUCAUCCACCUCCCCCUGAAGCUCAAGCUGGGGCUGCACGGCAACUUUGUCGACCACCGCGACAUCGACGUGUGGCAGAAGCGCCGCGCCGAGGACGGCGAUGUCGGGCCCGUCCAGCCUGCCAGGGAGCCGCUGCCGUGGCAGAAGGCGAUUCUGGCUGAGGGGCGCGACGCUGCGGGUGAGAUUAGCGGCGCGGGCGAGGUCUAGGUGGGGUUGUUGGUGCAGCGCGGCAGAUAUCUCGAUGGGAGUGGUGACCCGGCGAGGCUGAGUUGGACAGGCAAAGAUGGACGCGUCAAGGACGUCACCUAAUUGACUCUGGAAGAGGCCACUCUAAAUACUAAGUAUUAUCUCUUGGUGUUGCCAUGUGUUCAGUGGCGGUGGACUCGUGAAAUCUCUGUUUGGUUGCAUCUUCUUGCAGUCGAUCGAACGUUCUGGGGACUGAAAAGAACAGUAUGGAAUGAGUUGUCCUCUCUAAAAACUACUGGCCG